AUGACAGAAGUCACAACGCAGACGAGGACCACAACGCCAUCUAGGACAGGGAGCACGCUCAGGCUGUCUGGAGGGAGAGAGGCCACAAGCGCUGCCUACACGUCCGUGAAUUGGGACAACAAUGUGACCAGCAUGGUCACAGCGAGUGGCAGUGCCAGCUCUGUGUCUGUGACAGCCAGAUCGACAGUAGCCAGUGACUCUCCUUCCCUUGCUGUCUCCUCAGCUGAACCGUCCAGCAGCGGGCCAAGCAGCAGCAACAGUAGCACUGAGCCAAGCUUGUCAGCCACAUCCCAGCCAUCCAAGGUACUCACUUCCCCUAUUGACUGGACCACUGCUGGCCCAACGAGUGUUGGGCGGGGUGCUGUGACAGUGCUCACCACCAACAACCAGAAGCAGGAGCAUGUCACGGCACAGCUGGAACCAACAUCAUCUGCGAAGUCAAGCCCAUUACAUUCUACAUAUCUGGCCUCUGCUGUUAGCCCUGGCAUGACUCAUACUGGCUUAUAUGAAAGUCCCACUGUGGCCCAGGUGAGCAGCACUACAUCUGACACACGUGAUGAGACUUCUAUUUCCCUCCCUGCCACAUCUUUGCCAGCUCCUUCAAUGGUAAACACGGCAACUAGAGAAGUGAGGAUGGAGACAGUGCUCACUGUGCCAUAUAGGAUGGGGAGCUCGAUUGGGGUGUCUGGUGUAAGUGAGAUCAAAGAUGUCAGCUACACCUCCAUUAGUCAGGACAAAAAUGAGACCAGCAUGGUCACAGUGAAUGGUAGUGCCAUCUCCAUGUCUCUGACGUCUAGCUCAGCAGGAGGCAGUGACUCUCAUUCCCUUGCUGGCUCCUCAGCUGCACCGGUCAGCAGUGCGCUAAGCAGCAGCAGCAGUAACGCUGAUCCGAGCUUCUCAGCCAUGUCCCAGCCAUCCACGGGCUUCACUUCCCCUGUUCCUGUGUCCACUGCAGGCACUACAAGCAUUGGGCGGGACACAGUGACGGUCCUCACACAGACCAACCUCAACCAGGAGCAGUCCACGGCAUAUUUGGAGUCCAUGUCAUCUUUCACGGCGAGCCCAUUGCCUUCUAGAGCUGUGGCCUCUGCCGCUAGCCCUGCCACCUCUCAUACUGGCUUAGGCGAAAGUCCCACCAUGGCCCCGGUGAGCGGCACUAUGUCUGAUGCACAUGACAAGACUUCCAUUUCCCUCCCUUGCACAUCUUUGUCAGCUGCCUCCAUGGUCACCAUGGCAGCUGGAGAAGCAAGGACGCAGACUGUGCCCACUACACCAUCUAGGACGGGGAGCUCCCUUGGCGUGUAUGGUGUAAGUGAGGCCACCACUGUCAGCUACACCUCCAUUAGUUGGGACAACAAUGAGAACAGCAUGGUCACAGCACUACGAACAUUGAGCAUGGCGCUGUGA